AUGAAACAAAACAUUAAGAUAUUUAUAUCUACUAAAAUAGUAACCUUUAUCCUUCUAAGUUGGAUAUGUCAUUUUUACUUUGAUAUGAUUACGUUUAAUAAAUAUUUAUAUGAAAACUAUACUUAUUACGAAAAAAAUGAUAUAAGAAAUUAUAGAUUACUAGGAAUACGUAGACAAAAUCACGUUUCAGCUAUUGUAGGAUUAAAAUACAUGAUACCAAAUAAUGAACUCGAAGACAAAAAAAAUAUAUGUAAUAACGAAAAAGGGGGAGAAAGUAAAUAUGAACUGCAAGAUGGAGGUACAUCAAGUAAUGUGCAAUACAAUAAACGAGCUAAGAAAAAUAAAACUUAUAUAUUUGAAACAAAAAAAUAUUCUCAUAUUGAAAAACAAAUAUUCAAAGAAUUAGAUUUUUUUAAUUUUCUUAAAAACAACAGAACAAUUAGUAACAAGCUAUACGAAAAUAUGGUACUAAAAAAAUACCAAUUACGCAUUUUAACACCUAUAAUAUUGUUAAUUUUGUUAUCAAUAUCAUUAAUAUUAGAUUAUUGCUUUAAUUGUGGUCUUGCAAGGGGGUUGUAUAAAUUAUUAAGCUUUUCUUUAGGCAAGAGAGCGAUGGGGAAAUUUCACACAUCCUUGAAGAGCUAUAUAGAUUCACUUUUCAACUAUACACCUAAAGGAGAUGGGGCAUCUAAUAUUUUAUAUAUAACACCUUUUUUUCGUUUUCUAAUAUAUUUUACAUCCUUCGUCAUAUUCGGUAUCAUAAUAAUAUUAGGAAUUUUAUAUUACCACAAAAAAGUUAAAAAAUAUGAAAAAAUUAUAUACAGGAAAAGAUAA